UACAGCUGCGAAAAGUACGCCGUUUCUCUCGCCGGCACCAACGGGCUCUGACCGAUCCCUGACUCCCGUUCUACCUCAGUCGGCUACGACAACGUUGCCCUAAAUUACCAAUCUUCCGGAAAGACGUUCAAACCGAAUAUUGAACCUGUCGUACCCGUGGAUUUGGGAUCUUAUUUGUCCGGCGGAUCGGGCGCAGACACACCUCCCUCAUCCAACUAUGCAUGCUCUGGCCGCCUCUUCGCCGAGGCGCUUGCUCGGCUCUCCAUGCAUGGGAAAACCCUCAAGCAGUUCAAGCGCCUAACGCUAGUUCUGAACGAGGACGGUCAGGUACAACUGAUCUCUUCUAACAACGCGCGCGCGCUGAAAAACUGGGACAUCGUCGCCGUCCAACCUUGCACUGAAAAAAUAUUUUUGCAAUGUGUCCAGUCGAGUUAUGUGGAUCUAAUUACCUUCAACGUUCAAGAAAAGCCGUUCAGAAUCCAGCGCUCCGUGGCAAAGCAAGCCAUUGACCGCGGUAUCCAUUUCGAAAUCAACAUCUCUCAAAUCCUACUCUAUCCAAAGUCAAGAAAAGCAGCCAUGACCAACGCUCGACGAAUUGUAGAGGCCACACUUGGGAGAAACAUCAUUAUCACCUCCGGCGCAGAUCAAGUCACAGGCCUCAGGUCGCCUCACGACCUUGCUAACUUGGGACUCUUUCUAGGACUCGGAGCUGCAUCAUGCAAAGAGGCGCUGACGACAAAUCCCAAAAAGCUAAUAUCCCAUGCAGCCACUCGAAAAACAUUCAAAGGCAUACUUCAAAUUACAGAAAUACCAACUCUCUUACCAGACGAGCAAUGGAUCGUACCAGACAACGCAAUAAAAAACCAAAAAGAAACAAGCGACCAAUCGGAUAGUCGAGAACAAACAGACUCACCUCCAACGCGAAAAAGAAAGAGACAAAACUAAGACACCCUUUUUGCAACGACUGUUGCCUUUUUUUUGAAGCCGUGCGCCC